AAUACUGAAAUUAACUAUGUCUGAUUGGAUAAUAAGAAAUAAUAAAUAUUAUCAAACAUUUUUUUUUAAAUUUUUUUUCAGAAAAGAUAUACAUGUCAAAUAUGCAUGGAUAUGCAUUUCACAACCAAGGGUAAAUGCAAAGCACAUAUCAUUGAACAGCAUAGUAAAGUGAACUAUAAAUGUGUAAAAUGUGCCAAGGUGUUCCUUAGAAAUACUCCAUCUAAUUUCUGUCAUACAAGUAGAAAUGACUUUACCAGAUUUCAUACUGUCACGGGCCAGAGAGGCAAAGAGGCAGAAGAAGCCUUACAGGAAUUUAUUAAAAACAUUGAUCAAAUGAUUAUCGAUAAUACAAACAGAUAUUAUACACCAACACAAAGACAUAACACAUUGCCUAGAUUACCAUACUCGGGUAAAAGAAGUUCUCAAGAUAUAAAUGUAUACCAAAAACAAGCCUCACCACCAAAAAGACUUUGUGUUAGAGAACGGUCACUUUCGUCAACCGACACAUCUAGAUCAUCUAGUAGUAGCAGCAACAGCAGUAGUAGCAGCAACAGCAGUAGUAGCAGCAACAGCAGUAGCAGCAGUAGUAAUGACAUUGAAAUUGACAAACUAGAGGAAAGUGUAGUAGAGGUAAACAUUAUGAGUGACAAUAGACAACAGGAAAGAGAAUUUUUAAGAAGGAGGUUAGCAGAGGAAAAGAAAAAGAUAGAAGCUGAAGAUAAAAGAAAAGAAGAAGAAAGGAAAGAAAGAUUGAGAAUCGAGUCGGAUGUAAGAGAAACAGAGAGAAGAAUAUAUAUUGAAUUAAAGAAGCAAGAGGAGGAAGAAAGACAGAAGAAAGAGGAGGAAGAUAGAAAGAAGAAGGAGGAGGAAGAUAGACAGAAGAAAAUGGAGGAAGAUAGAAAGAAGAAAGAGGAGGAAGAUAUACAGAAGAAAAUGGAGGAAGAUAAACAGAAGAAAGAGAAGGAAGAUAGAAAGAAGAAAGAGGAGGAAGAUAGACAGAAGAAAAUGGAGGAAGAUAGACAGAAGAAAGAGGAGGAAGAUAGACAGAAGAAAGAGGAGGAAGAUAGACAGAAGAAAAUGGAGGAAGAUAGAAAGAAGAAAGAAAUGGAAGAUAGAAAGAAGAGAGAGGAGGAAGAUAGACAGAAGAAAAUGAAGGAAGAUAGAAAAAAGAAAGAGAAGGAAGAUAGACAGAAGAAAGAGGAAAAAGAUAGACAGAAGGAAGAUGAAGAGAAUAGAAAGAAGAAAGAGGAUAAAAAGGAAGAAGGAAAUAAAAAGAAAGAGGAAGAUAGAAAAAUAGAUGAAGAAAAUAUACAGAAUAAAGUAGAAGAUAGAAAGAAUAUAAAUGGAAAAAAUAGAAAGGAGGAAGAACAUGGAGAAAAAGAUGAAGAGAAUCAAAAUGAAGAUGAUAGAAGGAAGGAGGAAAAUGAUAAGAAAUAUAAAAAAGAGAAUGAACAUAGUGAAGGAAAAUAUAAAAAGGAACAUGAGGAGAAAAAUAUAAAAAAGAAAGACGAUGUGAGCAAAAAUAAAAUUAAAGAAAGAAUUAAACAAAUUAAAAAGGACAAUGAAAAUAAAAUUAUCUUGAACAUAGGAGGAAAACAAUUCCAUAAAAUUAAAGCGUCCCGUGACUUUGUAAGACACAAUACACAAUUUGACAUGUUCAUAGCAAUAUUAUUGCUUUAUAGUGAUAUACUUGGCCAUAUCUUGUGA